GGUUAUGACAUGAUCUCAUCUGUCUAUCCAGAAUACAGUUCUAAAUUUGUGAAAAUGUUAGAGGUUCAUGCAAUGAUAUUGCAUCCAUACUCUCUUGCCUGCCUUCUUUUUAUUUUUGUUACCAAAUGGUUCUUCUUCAAUUCUGCACGGAAUAAAAACUUACCACCUUCACCAUUAAAGAUUCCUGUUGUGGGCAAUCUCCUUCAGUUAGGCUUGUAUCCCCAUCGCUCUCUGCAAUCUUUGGCUAAACGCCAUGGUCCACUCAUGCUCUUGCACCUUGGCAACGCUCCUACACUUGUGGUCUCGUCUGCUGAUGGAGCUCAUGAGAUCUUGAGAACUCAUGACGUCAUAUUUUCAAAUAGGCCUGAUUCAAGCAUUGCAAGAAGACUUUUGUAUGACUACAAGGACCUGUCCUUGGCCCUUUAUGGCGAGUAUUGGAGGCAAAUAAGAAGCAUAUGUGUCGCGCAGCUACUUAGCUCUAAAAGGGUUAAGUUAUUCCACUCCAUAAGAGAAGAGGAAACAGCUUUGCUAGUCCAAAACGUCGAGCUGUUUUCUUCAAGAUCAUUACAAGUUGAUCUAAGUGAACUGUUUUCUGAAUUAACAAAUGAUGUGGUGUGUAGGGUUAGUUUUGGCAAGAAGUACAGAGAGGGGGGUAGUGGGAGAAAAUUUAAGAAACUAUUGGAAGAGUUUGGUGCGGUAUUAGGCGUUUUCAAUGUUCGAGAUUUCAUUCCCUGGCUUGGUUGGAUAAAUUAUCUGACAGGUUUAAAUGUUAGAGUGGAAUGGGUUUUUAAAGAAUUUGAUCGCUUUCUUGAUGAAGUUAUUGAAGAAUUUAAGGCAAAUAGGGUAGGUGUGAAUGAGGAUAAAAUGAACUUUGUGGAUGUUCUGCUUGAAAUCCAAAAAAAUAGCACAGAUGGUGCUUCGAUAGGCAGCGAUAGCAUAAAAGCCAUCAUUUUGGAUAUGUUUGCAGCAGGAACUGAUACAACACAUACCGCCUUGGAAUGGACAAUGACGGAGUUGCUAAAACACCCCGAAGUUAUGAAGAAAGCACAGGAUGAGAUUAGAAGGAUCACCGGAAGCAAAAUUAGUGUAACCCAGGAUGAUGUAGAGAAAACGCUAUACUUGAAAGCAGUUAUCAAGGAAUCUCUUCGUUUACACCCACCAAUUCCCACGCUUAUUCCGCGAGAGUCAACCAAGGAUGUCAAGGUACAGGGCUAUGAUAUUCUAGCCAAAACCAGAGUAAUCAUCAAUGCUUGGGCAAUUGGGAGAGAUCCUUCAUCGUGGGAAAAUCCAGAUGAAUUUAGACCAGAAAGGUUCUUAGAGAGUGCUAUAGAUUUCAAGGGAAAUGACUUCCAAUUCAUUCCUUUUGGAGCUGGAAGAAGAGGUUGCCCAGGAACAACAUUUGCUUCUUCUGUGAUUGAGAUUACGUUGGCUAGUCUUUUGCACAAGUUCAAUUGGGCAUUGCCUGGUGGAGCAAAACCUGAAGACUUGGAUAUAACAGAAGCUCCAGGGCUAGCCAUCCAUAGGAAAUUCCCACUUGUUGUUAUUGCAACUCCUCACUCUUUCUAGAGUGGAGAGGUCCUACUGUUACCAUUGUGCUUAAUUGGUAUCCAAAUAUUCUACCUUCUACAGGAAUAAUUGUUUUGAUCUUUAUUUCCUUCCUUCACCAAUGAGGAUCUCAUAGUAAUAUUGUCACUUUUUCUGUAAUAGAAUAGAACUUGUUCUCCCAA